ACAAGGCUGCCGAGGCUGAGUGGAGUCUCUUUACAUUACCAGGAGGGGCGGAUGUAGGGGGGUUGGAGGACAUGAUAGGGUGCAUGUGAAGACAGUAGUGGGAGUGGCAUCUAGAGGCAGGAGGGGCGUAUCAUAUGAGGACAAGGUAGCUGAGUCUGAGUGGAGUCUUGGGUCUUAGCAGGGGGGCAGGUGCAGAAGGUCUUUAGCAAUGUUUGGGGCACGGUGUCUGCUCCUGGCUCUUCGCCGUUGUUCCUCUGCUCCUUGUCCCAAGCACACGCAGGCUGCAAGACUGAGGGUCUGCGAGGCGCUAGAGGCCCAGGAGGUGGCUGGUGAUAUUAAAGUCCAGGGCUGGGUUCGUUCUGUCCGGUCCCAGAAAGAGGUUUUGUUCCUGCACAUAAAUGAUGGCAGUUCUUUGGAAAGCCUCCAGGUUGUAGCCGACCCAACCUUGGAACAUAGAGAUCUGAGUUUUGGAAGCGCCGUGGAAGUGCAAGGGAAACUGGUAAAAAGUCUUCAUAGGAUGCAAAAUGUGGAAUUGAAAGCUGAAAAUAUUCGUGUGGUAGGACCCUGUGAUACUCUGACGUUCCCUUUUAAACCAAGAGAGAGGCAACCUCUGGAAUACAGCCGGCAGUUCCCUCACUUACGAUGCAGGACCAACACAUUGAGCUCCCUCCUGAGGGUACGCAGUGAAGCUACUGCAGCGAUCCACUCAUUUUUCAAGGAUAAUGGCUACGUGCACGUUCAUACCCCUAUAAUUACGUCAAACGACUGCGAAGGUGCGGGGGAGCUCUUUCAUGUCAGGACAUCAAAUAAAGUACAGGAACCUGGGGAAAACUCCCAUUUCUUCAAUGUUCCUGUCUUCCUGACGGUCUCUGGACAACUCCAUCUGGAAGUGAUGGCUGGUGCAUUUACACAGGUGUUCGCCUUCGGCCCAACCUUUCGAGCCGAGAACUCUCAAAGUCGCCGGCACCUGGCAGAGUUCUACAUGGUAGAAGCAGAGAUGUCUUUUACUGAAAGCCUCCAGGACAUCAUUCAGAUCACACAGCUGAUACGGAUCUGCUCCGCUGAUUUACUGACAAGAGUUUGUUUAUUCCACAGAUUAGGACUCGCAGACGCCUACCAAUGGUAUCUAGAUCUCCGGCAGUUUGGAUCGGCCCCUCAUGGAGGCUUCGGAAUGGGGUUUGAGCGCUACCUGCAGUGCAUCUUGGGAGUGGACAAUAUCAAAGAUGUUAUUCCUUUCCCGAGGUUUCCUCACUCCUGUCUUUUGUAGCUCCAUGGCUGACUCACAUGGACCAGACUGCGCUGGAGUGUUUGUAUGUAUAAUGUGUCUGCAUAUGACUGCUUGUGAUGAUACUGGGGAAAGAUGGAGAGAAUUUUUGUACCAAAUAAUCCUGUGGUAAAUUUAAUGGAGGGAGUUCAUGAGCGAGACUUUUCUUGGGAGAUUUAGACCCUACCACUUCUUAGUAUUAUUUAUAUAGCACUUUAAAUCUUCAAAGCACUUCAGGUGCAUUAAUGACUCUUACUUAACUAAAGGGUUAAAAUCCUCAUAGGAAGAACAAAAGUUAGGACUAUAAUGAAUAAGCAUCGUUGGGAGCUGAUAUUUUUUAAUGCAAGAUGUUAAUAAGGGGGUGUGACCCAAGCACGGGACUGGGAGUCAGGAGUGCUAUGAGGUUUAAUUACAUGUCUGUACAGUGCUUUGAAGAUUGAAUGUGAUAGAACUGCUCGGUGUUACCAUCACUGACACACAUUUGCUUUUAAGAAAUGGCUAUUGUAAAGCGAGAGUCUCCUGCCCUGAAUUAAAAGCACGUACAUGUUGAGGUUGGAAAGUAGAUCCUAAUCAGCUGAACCUUGCCAGGAAAAAUGUCUCUUAUAUUGUAACUGCCGGGGUGAGGGAGUUGAUGGCAGUUGAUUUUGUGAGUCAAUAAAGAUGCAUA